CCUGCUGCAUCUCUGUACUGUCGGGAACUGUACAGGAGAGGAGAAACAUUCCCGAUGGAGUGGAGUACACUUCUAAACAAUAUUAUCUGAGUGCAAUAAUUUUGGACAGGAUUGAAAUCUCCUAAACAUCAUAAUUUUAAUUUAUAAUAAAAUAUCCACGGAUUAAUCUACGGUAAGCAUCAUCCUUUCGGGAAAGACAGUGUUUGCGCAUUAUGCUGCGAUGGAAUAUACUGAGGCGGAAGGGGAUAGCUGGGAUUUCCAUAAGUUUGACUUGUGGUAGGUAACUUGGAUUUGGAAUCGCGCGUCUUCGAUUCUGUUUGUGACUUAAGCUAAAAUUUUAGGAUUAAAAUGGAUUCUUUCUGUUCGAGUGGAUGUUUAUUAUGAAAAAAAUUGUUUUGAGAGGAAUGGAAAGAUAUGGUCAGUGGUCAGUCAGGAGAGACUGAAGAUUUCCCGCGUCUGCUCUGCGGUGGAGGACUACAGGCGGGAACGUGCGCGUGUAGAAGAACCGAACCAUCUGAAGAGAGCGCGUGCCAUGCCAUUUCGGGUCUCGAACGGUAGAAAGCUGUAAAAACCUGUGGCGAGGAGUUGACUGAGACGCGGUGAUGGGCUUUGCCAUGAGGCACCGCUGGUUCAUGGUGCCACUGCUAAUGCAGGCAUGGCUCUCUGCCACCCCUUGCUUCGGUGAGCGUCCUUGCCCUCGGAGCUGUCGAUGUGAUGGAAAGAUUGUAUACUGUGAGUCUAGUGCAUUCCGUGAUGUUCCCAAGAACCUCUCUGGUGGCUGUCAAGGCCUGUCCCUGCGGUAUAACAGCUUGGCAAGCCUAAAGGCUGGACAAUUUGUUGGCCUCAACCAGCUCAUUUGGCUGUACCUGGACCACAACUACAUUGCCAAUGUGGAUGCACGUGCUUUUCAAGGGAUACGGAGGCUCAAAGAGCUAAUAUUGAGCUCCAACAAGAUAACACUUCUUCAUAACACCACAUUUCACCUGGUACCAAACUUGAGAAACCUGGACCUUUCUUAUAACAAGCUACAAGCUCUGCAGCCAGGGCAGUUCCAGGGACUGCGCAAGCUACUCAGCUUGCACAUGCGCUCCAACUCCCUUAAGAAUCUCCCCUCUCGCCUUUUUCAGGACUGCCGUAAUCUUGAGUUCCUUGACCUUGGCUAUAAUCGUCUGCGCAGCAUUACUCGCAAUUCAAUGUCUGGCCUGCUGAAGCUAACUGAGCUGCAUAUUGAGCAUAACCAGUUCUCCAAAAUCAACUUUUUCAACUUCCCACGGUUCUAUAACUUGCGUGCUCUUUACCUACAGUGGAACCGCAUUAGGACCAUGAGUGAAGGCCUUACGUGGACCUGGACAUCACUGCAGAAGCUAGACCUUUCAGGAAAUGACCUGCAGGAGAUAGAUGCAGAAGUGUACCGGGCCAUGCCGAAUCUGCAGACACUUAACCUGGAUUCAAACAAGCUUGUCAAUGUGUCUCAAGAAGCUGUGGAUGCCUGGACCUCUCUGACUGCAAUUAGUCUGGCAGGAAACAUGUGGGACUGUGGACCAGUUGUGUGUCCGCUAGUGGCCUGGCUGAGAACCUUCCGUGGAAACAAAGAAAUUAAUAUGAUUUGUGCAUCACCUAAAGAAGUUCAAGGGGAGAAGGUUAUGGAUGCAGUUGACGCCAAUAGAGUUUGCAUGAUUCCCCCUGCUACGCCAUCAACCGUAAUUGCUCCCUCUACCCCUUUUGUCGCCUUUGCACAGCCCCCAGCCAGCUCUUUCAUCCCGACUCUUAAAUCUGGAGACAGCAGAGGGGGCCUGGGGACAUCCUUAGAAGGUACCACCACUUCAGCACCUUCUCAGCCCGCUGUCCCACCACCUGAGCAAGACUUCGAACCAGUAUCAUUCCACAAGAUAGUGGCAGGAAGUGUUGCCCUUUUCCUAUCAGUUGCCAUGAUCCUCCUGGUAAUUUAUGUCUCAUGGAAGCGCUAUCCAAGCAGUGUAAAGCAGCUGCAGGAAAACUCGGCUGCAGCUCGCAAACGUCGGAAAAAGUCACGGGAGACAGAGCGCACACUCAGCACACCAUUGCAGGAGUACUAUGUGGACUACAAGCCUAAUAACACAGAGGGCACAGAUGUGCUAGUCAAUGGUACUGGGCCAUGCACCUACACCAUCUCUGGCUCCAGAGAAUGUGAGGUCCCUCACCAGAUGAGCACUCUGACCUUCUACAGGUAUGAGCAGCCCAUAGUGGACUACUGCCAGGCGCAUCAACCCCUGCGGCUCAACAUGAGCUACGACGGUCCCCCGCAAAGCCUGGAGGGGCUGGAGGAGCUUCCCCCCCGUGAGAGGAGCACCAUCCAGACUGUGGCCCUUCCGGCAGUGCCCACAAUCAACACGGGCACCGCAAGACCCUGCUCCCCACCGAGCCAGAGAGCGCCCAUGGAGGGGCCCAGCAUCCCCUACCCCACCACAGAACGCUCCAUUAACUAUCCAACAACAGAACGUUCCACCAGCACCCUCACUUUUAGACGCUAACAGCCCCGCUCGUAUAGCAAGGCAUGUUGGGUAAUUUCAAAAAGAGGCUGUGCCUGGGUGGUGAUCCACAUUCUGCCGGCAUUAACGCAGCUGCGCGUCUGAAAACUGUGCAUACUGCUGUGCACUAACUGUUUCUCGCGAAUAUAGAGAAGUGAAAAUCAUUCCCAUGACGUCGCUGGAGGACACGAGGAUCUGGCAUACGGUACACUUCUAUUUUGGAGUGUAGCGUAUCCUGGAAAAUAGGAUUCCAUUUGUCUUUUUCCAUCUUUUUUUUGUUCCGAAUCAAAGGCCAGUACAUGUUUUGUUGUCCCCGUUCUGCUCAACGGCAAAUUGAAAUCCAAUGCAACAUGCAUGAGACGUUAAACGUGGCUUUGGUUUCAUUCAGCCCUCGCUCUGUGCCGACGCUACAUGACGCCUUCUCUGAGGAGUAGAUAAUGGUGAUUCUCCCAUGCUGAGUGAAGAAUGAAUAGGAACGUGCAAUAAACAAGGCUUUUUUGACCAGGGAGAGAGUGUGAGAAUGAGAGAAUGAAAAGAAACAAAUUAAUGUUCACCAGAGCUCAAAGGCCUCUCGCUGUUAUUUUCAUUUAGUUGCCAGGGAGUGCUCAUAAAUGCUGUCAUUAUUUGAUUAAAAAGACAGAUCUGUCCAGACAUGAGCAUGUCAGAUGGAAGAUCUCUUGAGUAUAUAAAAAAGCAUUCAUUAAAAUUGAAAUGAAGUCUCACACGGUAAGGUCUUUCAGUGUGCACAUGUACCAAAGAUCAAGCUUCUUUAAAUGUACAUAAAACUUGCGUUUCUUUUCAAAAUGUAAUCAAAUUAAUCAGUAUGUGUCUAAAGCAUACUGUAAUGUGUGGGCCAGCGGUGUUUACGACUGACAACAUGUUGCCUGAUUUUUAAUUCUGCAGAAUUCAGUACUGAAAUGCAGAGUGAAAACGUCAAGCUUUGUGUUUGAAGGCUACCUGUUAACUAGAUAGUGUAUGUGUGUGUUUGCUUGUGAGUGUGUGUGUUUGCUUGUGAGUGUGUAUGUGUUUUUUAAGUUUAAAAGCUGAAGUGUGUAAUUUCUGCAACCUCUAGUGUCAAAAAUAAUGACUGUUUUCAGAAAGGUUUCCCAAACACUCUUUAUCUGCCAUUGGUGAGGCAAACAGAAAACCACGCCCCCAAACGUACACCAUUGGUUGAGCCGGUGUUGCUACAGUAUGUUGGCUGUUUAAACAAACAAUCUAUGUUUUGAUGUUUCUGCUAAAUCAACCGCUUGUUCAUACUUUCUACUAAAUACUAGUUGUAUCUGCAUUUAGCUAGUUAAACACCGAAAAAUUACACACUUCAGCUUCAAGAGGGAAGAAUCCUAAGAGGGCGGAGCAAACGUCCCUCACUCGGAUAGCAUGAUGGAGUUACCAUACAGUGGCAGAAACACCUUUUUCGCAAGUAUGCAACACAUCGCAAGCGCACUGUCCUGUUGUACACGCUGUUGUAACAAACCUCCAGAUGGCAGCAUUACGCUGGAUGUGUUAUUAUUGAGGUAGCUAGCUAUGUGUCAACGAAGAGUGUUCUCUUCAAACUGUUGAUACGCUAUGACAAUAAUUGACCUAAAUGGAAAAACUGAUAGUGGAAAUGCUGACAAUUCACCACAUACUUGUAUUUAUUUUUUGGCACGCAACAAUGUGUGAAAUGGAGCUUAGCUAGAAGCUUUUACAUUCACAUACUUGUGUAAAAUAUGUUUCUGACCAAAACGAUCUUUCUGAACCAUUUUCAAAUGGCUUUUUUAAUUAUCUAAGGAAAUGAUCUAACAAUAACAAAGCUAGAACCUCUAAUAAGAGCCUCCAGUUUUAUCGAAGAGCUGAAUAAACCAGGAUUUCCCAAAUUUUCUUUAGCUGAGUUCAGAAAGAGGUGGUCAGUCACCUCAGGUCAUGGAGUGUUAAUGAAGAGAUUUUCUGACUCUAGAUGUCACUCAACAAAGCAGCUACACAGAUGAAAUUGCUAUAAUUGAAUGAAACAGCAAGACAUAUGGGAGACCGGAGACAACUGUAAUUGAAAUUUUCCUUUAUAACUCGGACUACUGCUACAAAUCUACAUGACAUGCUUUGAUGUAAGAAACUAUAUAUUAUAUAUAUAUAUAUAUAUAUGUGCCAAAAGUAAUAAUAUCAUUAAAUUGAAUUUAAUACAAGUUGUCAGAGUGUUAUGGGUUGAAUUGGGACAGUGACUUGGGGCAAUCAUAACACAUAACACAAAAAAUGUAUUAACCCACUGUAUAUCUGAUAAGAGCACACAUCAAAAUAAUAGUAUUAUUGAUCUAAUAUAUGUAGUACUAUUACUGAAGCGUUUCACCUUUAGAUGAUACAUGGACUUUUAGAUGUCAGGACUAAUGACAAAGUGGGAAAAAUGCCUUUUACUAAAAUGUAUUAUUUGUUUAAUUUAUUAAUUAGUAUGGAAAAAAUAUACACACAAUUAUAAAGAUUUUUUUUUUUUUUUAAAGUUUUAUUCAAAGGUAUAUACUUUUAGACAACAGAAGAAAAAUACAGGACAUCCAAAAAAAAAAAAAAAAAUCAAUAUUAUUUCUCACAAAGUGAAAUGAUCACACUUUUCCUCAGGCAGAAAGUGAUCUCUACUAAACAUGUGCUGAAUACGUGUUACAAUAGCCUCCGGUCUCCCAUAGUCAUCAAGGGCCUGUUCAUUUUUAGUUUGAGCUCAGAUUAAGGCGACCAGAUGCUCCUGGUGUGGCUUUUCUUUGAACUUUAGACUAUUACUAGUCUAAUAGACUACUAUAAUCACCCAUUAGUCACAUUACAUUGAUUCUGUAUCACUCAGUUUGCAGUUUCACACACUGUAAUUCAGCAGAGCAUUUUGAUCAAGGAACUCUCUGGCAUUACAAGCCAUUGUCCAAUCGCAUAGAAGUUCUGUUUGGUUUUUCGUUCUUUUAACCCUCAAAGGACUUUUGAAUAACAUGAGAAUAUGGAAUUAUUGCCUGUAAACACUGAUUUUUUUUUUCACCCUGUGUGCCUGUGCGUUUGGACUUCACACAAUGAAUGUGGACAUGGUACCUCACCAACGGUUAGUGUGGAUAUUGCAAAUUUCAACCUGUUCAAAGCCUCCGGCUGGUGGUGACAUCAUCACCGUCUUCUCGGGAGCCACGGUAACCACUUUGGCCCCUUCAGAACUCUACUUUGGCAUGUUUGUAAUUGACACGGAUCGAUAAAACGCAAUGCUCCACCAAGACGUCACAGGAAAUGUGGUGGAGAGCUGGCGAGGUAAGAAACGGAUUUCACACUGUCAUGUCUCAAUCUCUUCGAGAGAACUGACGCUGUCAAGACGAUCAAAGACAUUUUGAAAUGUGUCCUGAUGGUCUCUGGCACCAGUUAUCUUCACAUGUUUAUCUUGUAAAUAGAGAGUAUAAAGAAACAUAUUGUUUUGCUUCUUUUGACACAAGUUUUGUGAAAAGGACAGAAGCCUCAGCUGUUUAAACGCGCAUCCUGAUCAAAGAAUACGCUUCUAGAAAGACUCAAUAUGAUCCCUCAUUUGGAAGAUUGAUAUUUUUCUAUCUGCUGUCUCAGUCGGUUCCUCAUCUCAUUAGCAUCAUAGAUUUUCAUUUUCUUUGUAUCACUUUACUGCUGACAUCUGUUUGGGAAUUGAAAGAUUGAUAUCAGCGCUCAUUUUAACGUCAUAUAUACUUUGAUUCUGCUAUGUGCCCUAAGCUUUAUGAUCCACCACCAGCCCUCUCUCUUUCUCCUCGGUUUGUAUUUGAGAAGCCCGGGCAAAUUAAAAUAAUAUCUACUUGUUCAGUGAGAGUGGCUUAUACUUUGCUCCGAGGCUUCAUGCAUGAUGUAUCAAGUAAAGGCUUGAUGUUGUUAGGUAAAUGCUAAUAGGGUUACCUGCCCACCGCAUUUCAAUUCUGAGUAAGUCGCAAGAACUUUACAACCUCAUAAAAUGCUCCUUACAACAAGACAUUAGCUCAGUGGCAGCGUUGCAGAAAAUCCAUAGUACUUUCUGUGUCCUGAAUUUGAAAAGGCAAUGUCAGGAUGUUGUUUAGGGGAAAGUAGAAUAUUUCAUUCUAAUUGUUCUAAUUUAUAUAUAAAAUAGAGAUAUAACAAAUAUAAUAUAAUAUAAUAUAAUAUAAUAUAAUAUAAUAUAAUAUAUAUAUAUAUAUAUAUAUAUACAUAUAUAUAUAUAUAUAUACAUAUACAUAUAUAUACAUAUAUAUAUAUAUAUAUAUAUAGAUAUAUACAUAUACAUAUAUAUAUGCACCAGCUGAGCAACUGCCAUUGAGAUGGAUAGGAAUGCUUAAGGAUAAUUUCAAACCUGAUCUCCCAGGAAAACAUAACUGUGUUACUGGGUAGCGAUUUCAUAUGAAUUUAUAUGAUUAUUAUAUUUAAAAAAAAAAAAAAAAAAAAAAAAGAAAAAAAGUAAAGCAUAGGUCCACCCCAAAAUCCACCCAUAAACAUACCUGUACAUGAGUGUAAGCAGAUCGUACGGAAUCAUACAAAUGAGAUUGUACGAAUUCAUACGAAUUAGCCACAAAUUUUGCCAAAAUGUACAAUAGUUAAGAAUUGCCAUGAGAUCUGCCAUGAGAAUUGCCAUGAGUGUUUCUCCAUAGACUUCCCUGUUUGGGACUGUCUGCUUGAUGACGUAUCAGUCUAAAUAAAAUAAUUUGCAUACGCUUAUUUUUUUUUUUUCAGAACCGCAUAAUUGUAUCAAUUUUGUCUUAAAAUAGACUAGGAAUGUGUAUGAAAGCAUCCGAUCCAAUCAGCUAUUUGGAUGAGUUACCUUGACUAGAUAAUCUAAGCUCUUAAACCGCCAUUCAAAGCAAUGAUUCUCCUCCUCCACAAAGUCGCCAAAUCAUGAAGCCUUAUGUAACUGUCUCUUCCCAUUUUUCUGACAAUUUGCUGCUUUACUGUCAUUUAUGUAAGGCUGAAGAUGCUCCUGCAUCUUCUCUUUGCCUUUCUUUCACAUUUUGUAGUUUCUGUUUUGAGCGUUUAACCCUCCUAUUGACUGAUUUUGGUUUCCACAAAUAUUGGGCAUCAAAACUGUUUUCAACAUUGAUAAUAAUAAGAAAGUUUCUUGAGCAUCAAAUCAGAAUAUUGGAAUAAUUUCUGAAGGAUCAUGUGACACUGAAGAAUGGAGUAAUGAUGCUGAAAAUUCAGCUUUGCCAUCACAGGAAUAAGUUACUUUUUAAAAUAUUUUAAUUUUAAUUAAUUUUUUUUGUAAUUGUAAUAAUAUUACUGUAUUUUUACUGUAUUAUCAAAUAAAUGCAGCCUUUGUGAGACUUCUCUCAAAAAAUAAAAAACAGGCCCCCAAUUUGAAUGGUAGUGCACUCUAAAAAGAAAUUUUGAACUUCAUUGCGUUAUGUUUUAGGGUUAACGGAUAUGUCUGUAAAUUACUAAUGUCCUGGUAAUUUUCUGCCUGUACAUUAUUCAUUUUUUUAAAGUGUAUAUUUAAUUUAUGAAUCAUAUUUGAGCCCAAAAUAUUUUACAUUUUCAAAAAUUUAGUGCCUAAUUCUAGGGGCAUGUUUUCCUUAAUGGAAAUAGUCCCUAAUCAAGAAUUUAUGAAUUAUUAAUGGAUUUUAGUGCAAUCAAAUUUCAAUUUGCCACAAGGAUCAUAGGCGGGCACAGUUUCUUGUGACAAAGGGUUAAAUCAAAACUGUGUUUAGUAGUGUUUACAAAGCAAAACAUUUCCUGGAAGAUUUACUGAAAAUAUCCAAGCAGGUGUUGUUAAGCUAAAUGCAAAUUUUCCAUUUACUUCAUCUCAGUCCACAAAGGAUGUUCUCUAAAAACCAUAGGAAGUGGGCGUACAGUAAUUCACUGAUUUUCAGAGAGCACUUUGCAGACAAAGAAUAGGCUAAUACAGUUCAUUCACAUAAAAGUGAAAUUAAGAGUUACAAAAAAAUAAAACCACAACUUCACAGAGUUUUCCCCUCCUGUUUGUUUGUUUUGGUCUUGUUCUUUUAUUUUCCCCUUGUGAUUUGGGUCCCAGUGUCUACUGGGAACACAUUUUUCCUCAAGGGUAGGAUUUAAAGGAAGAGAGAAGACUUUUAUACUUCUGCAAUGACUCUCAAAUGAGUGUCUAAUGCAAAUAUCCAGAAGGACGGGAAGAGGCCUGUGAGAAAGAAAGAAAGUCAGAGGGAAGGAAUUUCAGCUCACUGGCUGUUUUCUUCUCCGCUGCGCAGCCAAAAAAAAAACAUUGGGGGCAAAAGUCUUGGUGAAAGGAGCUAUAUACAACACACACACACAAAUACAUACAUCUGCUCAUCUGUGCAGAAAUUGGAGGAGAAAAAAAAAAAAACAUCGCUUAUCUCCAGGCUUGCACAUGGCUGAGAGGUAGCGCUGUUGUCAGUGUGCGGGGGUUGGCCCAUGGGGCUAACAUCUGCUGCUAUUGUGGACUUGGCUCUGUCACCAUACUUAUUCUCUGUCAACUAAAUCUGCCACAUUCAACCAGAGCUCCAGCCCACAAACUAUCUAAACAUCAAGUGUCGUAGUUUAGCAACUGAAUGUUGGACAGAAUGGCCGAAGAGCCGAAGGAUCUGUUCCAAAAUCUAGCAAGCUGCCUCACCACCUACCGUACACAGACAGCAUCUUAACCAUCACGAAACAUGGGAAGAGACUGAUUUGGAAUGCCCUACAUAGAAAAUUUCUAUUUUGUUAGCAUGUCGCUAAGCUAACAGCACAAAAUUUUAGAAAGCAUAAAAAUUUAAAAGCAAUUUAAAACCAAUUUAAAAACACACUAGAUAAGAGAUGCACCGAUCGACCAGCCAUAAGUCACAACCGGACUUUGUUUUGUUUUAUUUUGGCCGAUCUCUGUUUCGGACUUGCACACAAACUGCAUUGCAAUCAUUUCCCAAAAUGUCAUUUGAGUGGAAACAUUGCGAAGUCUGUAAAGAGAAUGUUAAAUUCAGAUUAUUCUGUUUUUACUUAAAAUCUUGAAAUUGACCAAAAUGUAUGCUGCUUCUUUGUUUGGAUCAUAAUUAAAAUGCAGUGCUUUCCACUCAUUUCAAAUGGGUACAGAGAUUGUGUUGUUUAAGGCCAGUUUGGCCUGUAAUAGACCAAAUAAACAGCAAAUAAACAAGAAAAAAAAAAAUCGACCAUGAAAAAUCAUGAUGGGUGCAUCGCUAGAUAAUGCAAACAAAAAUGUGAAUCAUUUUUGAAACGGUUCAUUUAAAUUGAUCAUAUGGAUGAACGGAUUCACUGAAAUCAAUCAGAUUUCCUAAAUUUAUGAGUGGGAGGGCCACACACGCAUCAUUUACGUAAUAAUAAUUUAAAACAUAAUAAACAUAGUUAUUACUAUAAGAAAGCUAGUAUAAAUCUAAAGAUCAUAAUAAGAAUAAGAUCAUAAUUAUUUCAGCCUUGCAUUAUGGGAUUGCCUUUGAACUGGCCAAAGUAGUUAUUUUAGAACCUUUUGGAACGGCUUUUAUGUCGCGAAAAUGCCAACAAUGCCUUAAAAUCUUGCUUUUGUAGGCUGCACGCUAGGUUUUGGAACAGAGACACAAUUUCCUCUGAAAUGCUAAAAAAGGCAUUCAUUACUAAUAUAAAAUUGGUCAUAAUGCAAUAAUGUUGAAUAAAACUCAUUCCAACCUGAACUUAGUAUAAUCAAUGAACAGGAAAUUACAGACUUUAGGCAGAGAAAAUGCAAACAGGAUGGAAGUACAGUUUGUUCAGUGUGUCAUUUCUGUUAAGUCUUUUGUCCAUUGAAGAUUUCUGGAAAUAUAACUGUUUAAUUGUCUGAAUGACUGGCAGAUCUUGAAUUGACUGUACUUCCAUCUCUUACAGCCUUGUUUUUGUUCAUGACAGUUUCAGCAUUUCUUCUACACUGACUAAAGCUUAUUGCUUUACGUAUUUCAUGCCGAUUCUGAGUUGUCGGUCUAGCACUUUUGAGUGUCAUCUGCAGGAAAAAGGAUCUGAUAUAGGCACAGUUUUGAUUUUGUAUUUUGACUGCUAUACAGUAGGCCUACUUGUCGCAAUAGCUCCCAUGUAUCUGUUUUCACUGUUACCCGAGUGCUUGAUGUAUCAACAGCAAAAAACACUUUUGUUAAAAUGACGUCUGUUAAGCUGGCUGUCUGCAAACCCAUCCAGCAUGUUCAAGGUUCCUCAACAUAACAUCUUGAGUCGGAUGUUUUGUUCCAUUUGUAAAGCAGAGCCACUUUGUAUGAAAGAAACCGGUGCUCAGCCGAGACCUCAAACACCGUCCUUUGAAUUGAAAUACAGUGCUGUAGAAAGAGGCGUGACAUCACUGCUAAUUGUGUAGAUAUCAACGAUCUGGGCCGUGAUGAUUUAUGGAGAACUCAAACUAAUGAUUCAAGCGAAUUUUGGCUUUUUGGUUCUGAUUCAUUUCCCCCCACUCAAUCUAUUAAUGGAUUACAUAGGGCAAAAACACAAUGAAAAGCAAUAUUGUCGCUCAUUUGUAUUCUCUCCCUGUGUUUUAACCUUCCACUUCAUCCUCUGUAGGCCCAUUAACUUCCAUGAAAAUCAUGUUUCUCUGGCUUUGCCUGGUCUCGGGCUAUGGGUUAUUGUUUUUCUGUGGGAUGUAAAUAUGCAUUGUUAUAACCCUUCUGUUAGUUUGCUGUUGUUUUCUUUUGUUUUCAUCUGUACGCAGAUUGAAAACAGUUUUGUGAAGACCUGCUCCAAAUGCAAAAAUGUGGCUCUUCUUUGAGUAUAUUAUUGUCAGAAAAAAAUGUUUUGUAAAAAUUUUGAUGAUGAGAUCAGAAAUAAAGUAAUUUAACGAUCUAAUGUA